AUGAACAAAUUCACUGCUUUCAGCAAAAAAUUUGAAGAUUCUAUCUGUGAAGAAGAUUCUGACACAUCUUGCACUCACUGCAAUUCAAAUCAAGAUAAUGAAACUUUCCUGGAAAAAUUAAACAGAUAUAAUAUAAAAAUUCCAAAUGAAGAAACCCUUUCAGGAAUAGACUUAAUUGAAUACUUUUGGGAUAAAGUUCAUCAAUAUUACAAUACUAACAAUGAAGGUGAAGAUGAUGAAAUAAUUCAAAAGGAGUCUGAACCUGAUUCAUCUAAUAAAAAAUAUAAAAGACCUAAAAUUGACACCUCUAUAGUUCGUCGUAGUAGUAGAAUUAGAAAAAAUAUAAAAAAAUAA